CGUGGGGGCGAGAACGCCGGCGGCGGCGGCGAGCGACGCCCCCAGGCAGCCGCAAACUUCGCGGCGGCGUCCGCAGUCUGGCGAGACAGACACCUCGCAAACGUCAAAUCCAAUUCCCUGCCCCUACCUGAGCGAUGGAGGCUGCGGCCGCCAGAGCGUCCCGGCCGCCCGCCCCUGCCUAGCCGCUAGCUAGGGACCAACAGCGCCACGGCGAGCGAGAGUGGAGGGGAGAAGGAGUCUUGUCUGCAAAGUGCUGCUCCCUGGUGCUCAGAGGCGGCUGCUCCAGCUCCAACUCUCAUUCAUUUCGCCGGUUAACAUGAGAGAUCAUGGCCGCCUUCGGGCUUCUCAGUUAUGAACAGAGACCGCUGAAGCGCCCGCGCCUCGGGCCGCCCGAUGUCUACCCGCAGGACCCCAAGCAGAAGGAGGAUGAACUUACCGCUGUGAAUGUAAAGCAGGGUUUCAACAAUCAGCCAGCCUUCACUGGAGACGAACAUGGCUCUGCCAGAAACAUUGUAAUCAACCCAUCAAAGAUCGGCGCAUAUUUCAGCAGCAUAUUGGCUGAGAAACUAAAGCUUAACACUUUCCAGGACACCGGAAAGAAGAAACCCCAAGUUAAUGCUAAAGAUAAUUAUUGGCUGGUUACUGCUCGAUCUCAGAGUGCAAUUCAUAGUUGGUUCUCUGACUUAGCAGGAAAUAAGCCACUUGCUAUUUUGGCAAAAAAGGAGCUGCCUCUGGCCAAGUCAGGUGUCCCUCAGGUCCCCAUCCUUAGUAAAAAAGAGGACGUUUUUGCAUAUUUAGCUAAGUAUUCUGUGCCAAUGGUUCGAGCGACGUGGCUGAUCAAGAUGACUUGUGCCUAUUAUUCUGCUAUAUCUGAAGCUAAAAUUAAGAAACGCCAGGCUCCGGAUCCCAAUUUGGAGUGGACGCAGAUAUCUACCAGGUACCUUAGAGAGCAGUUGGUCAAGAUCUCUGACUUUUACCACAUGGCCUCCAGUACAGGUGAUGGUCCUGUCCCUGUGCCACCAGAGGUUGAGCAAGCCAUGAAGCAGUGGGAGUACAACGAGAAGCUGGCAUUUCACAUGUUCCAGGAAGGAAUGUUGGAAAAACACGAGUAUUUGACAUGGAUCCUGGACGUCUUAGAAAAGAUCAGACCAGUGGACGACAACCUUCUCAAGCUCCUUUUGCCCCUGAUGCUGCAGUAUUCAGACGAGUUUGUUCAGUCAGCCUACCUGUCUCGUCGGCUAGCGUACUUUUGUGCCCGGCGUCUUUCCUUGCUACUGAGUGAUAGCCCCAACCUCCUUGCUGCUCACUCACCCCACAUGAUAAUCGGAGCAAACAACACGAGUAUCGGGACCCCCAGUCCUGGCACCCCUGGCCCUGGUAUGAGCCCCAUGCAGCUGGCCUUCUCGGAUUUCCUUUCCUGUGCGCAGCAUGGCCCCUUGGUUUAUGGACUUAGUUGUAUGUUGCAGACUGUCACUCUGUGUUGCCCAAGUGCCUUGGUGUGGAAUUAUUCCACAAAUGAAAACAAGAUCGCAAACCCAGGCUCUCCCCUGGAUCUGCUGCAGGUUGCCCCUUCCAGCCUCCCCAUGCCGGGUGGGAAUACGGCUUUCAAUCAGCAGGUCAGGGCAAGGAUUUAUGAGGUGGAACAGCAAAUAAAACAGAGAGGCCGUGCAGUAGAAGUUCGGUGGUCUUUUGACAAGUGUCAAGAGUCGACAGCAGGGGUGACUAUUAGUCGGGUUUUGCACACACUGGAAGUCUUGGAUCGUCAUUGUUUUGACCGAACUGAUUCCAGCAAUUCGAUGGAGACGCUUUAUCAUAAAAUUUUCUGGGCAAACCAAAACAAAGAUAACCAAGAGGUUGCCCCCAAUGAUGAAGCUGUGGUGACGUUGUUAUGUGAAUGGGCCGUGAGCUGCAAACGAUCUGGCAAGCACAGGGCCAUGGCUGUGGCGAAACUCUUGGAGAAAAGGCAAGCAGAGAUUGAGGCAGAGAGAUGUGGCGAAUCAGAAGUCCUAGAUGAGAAAGAGUCCAUUUCUUCAGCCUCUCUUACUGGAUCUAGUUUGCCUGUUUUCCAGAACGUUUUGCUAAGAUUUUUAGAUACACAGGCUCCAUCACUGUCGGACCCAAACAGUGAAUGCGAGAAGGUGGAAUUUGUGAACUUGGUGCUGCUCUUCUGUGAGUUUAUUCGCCAUGACGUCUUCUCUCAUGAUGCAUACAUGUGCACCCUCAUCUCCAGAGGAGACUUGUCAGUCACUGCCUCUGCUGGGCUGCGGUCGCCAGCGGGAGAGAAUGCAGAUGAACACUAUUCUAAGGACCACGAUAUGAAGAUGGAGAUUUUUUCUCCCAUGCCUGGAGAAUCCUGUGAGAAUGCCAACCCUUCCCUGAGCAGAAGAAUGUCACUUAAUGGUGAGAAAUUGCUAAAGAGAGAAAAACCACGGGAAUUAAUUUUUCCAUCAAAUUAUGACCUCCUCCGUCAUCUGCAGUACGCGACCCACUUUCCUAUACCUCUGGACGAGUCUUCAAGUCAUGAAUGUAACCAGCGCACAAUCCUUCUCUAUGGAGUUGGGAAAGAGCGUGACGAAGCCAGGCAUCAGCUGAAGAAGAUUACCAAAGAUAUCCUGAAAAUCCUAAACAAGAAGAGCACCACGGAAUCAGGGGUUGGGGAUGAAGGACAGAAAGCCAGGAAGAACAAGCAGGAGGUUUUUCCAACCCCGGAAACUGUGUUCACGAAACUCCAGCUCCUCUCAUACUUUGAUCAGCAUCAAGUGACAUCUCAGAUCUCUAACAACGUGCUGGAGCAAAUCACAAGCUUUGCGUCUGGAACGUCCUAUCACCUCCCUUUGGCUCACCAUAUUCAACUCAUCUUUGAUCUCAUGGAACCAGCAUUGAACAUCAAUGGACUCAUUGACUUUGCAAUACAGUUACUGAAUGAACUGAGUGUGGUGGAAGCUGAGCUGCUCCUGAAGUCUUCUAGCCUGGCAGGAAGUUACACUACAGGACUGUGCGUCUGCAUUGUGGCUGUUCUCAGGCGGUAUCAUAGCUGCCUGAUCCUAAAUCCUGAUCAGACAGCCCAGGUGUUUGAAGGGUUGUGUGGCGUGGUGAAGCAUGUUGUCAACCCCUCAGAGUGCUCUUCUCCUGAAAGAUGUAUCCUGGCCUAUCUCUAUGACCUCUAUGUGUCAUGCAGCCACCUCAGAAGUAAAUUUGGAGACCUUUUCAGUAGUGCCUGUUCAAAAGUAAAGCAGACCAUAUAUAACAAUGUAAUGCCUGCAAAUUCCAACUUACGCUGGGAUCCAGACUUUAUGAUGGAUUUUAUUGAGAAUCCUUCAGCAAGAAGCAUCAACUACUCAAUGCUGGGCAAGAUCCUCAGUGACAAUGCAGCCAAUCGGUACAGCUUUGUCUGCAACACGCUCAUGAAUGUGUGCAUGGGACACCAGGACGCCGGCCGGAUAAAUGACAUAGCCAAUUUCUCCUCUGAGUUAACUGCUUGCUGUACAGUUCUUAGUUCCGAGUGGCUGGGGGUUCUGAAGGCUCUUUGUUGUUCUUCGAAUCAUGUGUGGGGAUUUAAUGAUGUACUCUGCACUGUAGAUGUGAGUGACCUUUCAUUCCAUGAUUCAUUAGCUACUUUCAUUGCUAUCCUGAUAGCACGACAGUGUUUCUCCCUGGAGGACGUCGUGCAACAUGUCGCACUCCCCUCUCUUCUAGCGGCAGCUUGUGGAGAUGCAGAUGCAGAGCCCGGGGCGAGAAUGACAUGCCGCCUCCUGCUUCAUCUCUUCCGAGCUCCCCAGGCCUGCUUUUUCCCUCAAGCAACAGGCAAACCUUUCCCUGGAAUAAGAUCAUCUUGUGAUAGACACCUCUUAGCUGCAGCUCACAACAGCAUAGAAGUGGGAGCCGUGUUUGCUGUCUUAAAGGCAAUUAUGAUGCUUGGAGAUGCCAAAAUUGGCAGUAACAAUGUCAACACUUUAAAGAAUGAUGAGUUCAGCAUGAGGGGUUUAAGACGCGAUGGGAAUGCUGAAGAUGCCUGGGCCACCUCGCAGAAUUCAAAAGCCUAUGGGAAAAGUAUUUCUAUAGAAACUGCCAAUCUGAGAGAAUAUGCUAGAUAUGUACUGAGAACUAUCUGCCAACAGGAAUGGGUAGGAGAACAUUGCUUAAAAGAGCCAGAACGAUUAUGUACAGACAAAGAACUUAUUUUGGACCCUGUGCUUUCCAACAUGCAAGCACAGAAAUUGCUGCAGCUGAUCUGUUACCCUCAUGGUAUUAAAGAGUGUACAGAGGGGGACAACCUGCAAAGACAGCACAUUAAGCGCAUUCUUCAGAAUCUUGAGCAGUGGACAUUGAGACAAUCUUGGUUAGAGCUUCAGUUAAUGAUCAAACAGUGCUUGAAGGACCCUAGCUCUGGCUCUGUGGCUGAAAUGAACAACUUACUGGACAACAUCGCAAAGGCAACAAUAGAAGUGUUCCAGCAGUCUGCAGACCUAAAUAAUAAUGCCCCCAGUUCUGGCAUAAGCCUCUUCAAUCCAAAUGGGAUUGGAAGUGCUGAUACAAGUAGCACAAGACAGAAUGGAAUAAAGACAUUGUUAAGUUCCUCUGAACGCAGGGGUGUGUGGCUGGUGGCCCCCCUCAUCGCCAGGCUGCCAACCUCCGUGCAGGGAAGAGUGUUGAAAGCUGCUGGGGAAGAGCUGGAGAAGGGGCAGCACCUGGGUUCUUCUUCAAAGAAGGAAAGAGAUAGGCAGAAGCAGAAGAGUAUGUCUCUCUUGAGUCAGCAACCUUUCCUCUCCUUGGUCCUUACCUGCCUUAAGGGGCAAGAUGAACAACGGGAAGGCCUCCUAACAUCCCUGCAGAAUCAAGUCAAUCAGAUUUUAAGUAACUGGCGGGAAGAAAGAUACCAAGAUGACACAAAAGCCCGCCAGAUGAUGCACGAGGCUUUGCAACUCCGGCUGAAUCUGGUUGGAGGAAUGUUUGACACAGUGCAGCGGAGCACCCAGGGGACCACUGACUGGGCUCUCCUACUCCUCCAGAUUAUUACUUCAGGAACUGUUGACAUGCACACUAACAAUGAAUUAUUCACAACAGUUCUUGACAUGCUGGGUGUUUUAAUCAAUGGGACAUUGGCUUCGGACCUAUCAAAUGCUUCCCCUGGGGGCUCUGAAGAGAACAAACGUGCAUACAUGAAUUUAGUAAAGAAACUGAAAAAAGAACUAGGCGACAAGCGGUCCGAAAGCAUUGACAAAGUCCGGCAGUUGCUGCCUUUGGCCAAGCAGACGUGCGACGUCAUCACUUGUGAACCCAUGGGUUCUUUGAUUGAUACAAAGGGAAACAAAAUUGCUGGAUUUGACUCCAUCGAUAAAAAACAGGGUCUCCAGGUCUCUACAAAGCAGAAGGUGUCCCCAUGGGACCUGUUUGAGGGUCAGAAGAACCCGGCUCCUCUGUCCUGGGCCUGGUUUGGCACUGUCCGUGUGGACCGGAAGGUGGUAAAGUAUGAGGAACAGCACCACUUCCUGCUGUACCACACACAUACCAUGCCUAAGCCCCGAAGCUACUACCUUGAGCCACUGCCCCUACCUCCUGAGGAGGAAGAGGAAGAGCCCACAUCUCCAGUUUCUCAGGAACCAGAAAGGAAAUCAGCUGAACUGUCAGAUCAAGGAAAAACCACAGCUGACGAAGAGAAGAAGACAAAGGGAAGGAAGCGUAAGACAAAAUCAAGCUCCCGCGUUGAUGAGUAUCAACAGAGCAGCAUCUACCGAGUGCCUCCUAAUUACUCGCCCAUGUCCUCCCAAAUGAUGCAUCAUCCACAGCCUGCACUGUGGGGUUACAACCUGGUGAGCCAGCCCCAGCAGCCCAGCUUUUUCCUUCAGAAUCAGUCUCUGAAUCCAGGUGGCUCCAGGUUGGACCCUGCAGGCUCCUUUGUCCCAACCAAUACAAAGCAAGCUUUAUCCAACAUGCUGCAGAGGCGUUCCGGUGCCAUGCUGCAGCCACCCUCCCUUCAUGCAAUUACAUCUCAGCAGCAGUUGCUACAGAUGAAACUUUUGCAGCAGCAGCAGCAGCAGCAACAGCAACAGCAGCAGCAGCGGCUUCUCAGGCAGGCCCAGACUCGACCUUUCCAACAGGGCCAGCCAGGGGACCAGGCUGCUCUCUUUACUGCACAAGCACGGCCCUCCCCUCAGCUCCCUCAGUAUCCAGGGCUGCAGCAAGCACAGACCAUGCCCCAGGGCUACACAAUGUAUGGAACCCAGAUGCCUUUGCAACAGGUAGCUCAGCAGCAGUCUGGAGGUGUGGUCCUUUCCCCGAGCUACAGCUCCAGGGCCUGUCCAGCUGCACACUCCAGCCCAGCGCUGAUGGAAAGACUCCGACAGCUUCAGCAGCAGCCAAGUGGCUACGCGCAGCAGCAGGCCUCACCAUACCUGCAGCCCGUAGCUGGCUCUCAGAGACUGAACCACCAGGCUCUACAGCAGAGCCCUCUGGUGGGCGGGGGAAUUGAUGCUGUGCUGACUCCCGCACAUCCCAACCUCCCCUCGGUGCCCCUGCCUCAGGACCCAAUGAGGCCCAGACAGCCGCAAGUUCGACAGCAGCAGAGACUCCUCCAGAUGCAGCAGCCCCAGCAGGCCCCCCAGCCCCAGCAGCCCUCACAGCCCCAGAGUCAGGCCCUUGGUCUCCAAGCAAUGCAGCCCCAGCAGCCUUUGUUCCCCAGGCAAGGCUUGCAGCAGACCCAGCAGCAACAACAGACAGCCGCCCUGGUGCGACAGCUCCAGAAGCAGCUUUCUAGUAACCAGCCACAGCAAGGAGUGACUCCCUGUGCGCAUCCUUCACACUUUUGAAUCUGAAAGAGAAGAUGAGACGUUUAUGUUUGCACUGAAAAACAGAAAAUCAGAUUUAUUAGUCAUCACAAGAAGUCUCCUUUGGUCUUUGAGUUAUUUAUGUUUUCUAUAUUUUGUGCUCCAUUUCAUGCAGAGGUAUUUAAAUAAGUAAAGAAGUUGUGGUUUGGUUUUAUCAUAUUCAAAAUAGGUUUUAAAAUGUGGAUCAUGCAGGCCUACUCCAGAUAGUGUGGUAGCAGACCUUUUGAAACUGGUGCUUUUUUAUCUCAUAUUUACAUAAAGGUAGGUUUAAAUAUUUAUGUAUUAAUUAAUGAUUUUUUUUUAACCUGUGGUGGACCAAACUACUGAUUUGAAAGAUACGGCAGUUCUCACAGGAGUAUGAUACACUCGCUUUUCACUUAUUUGCAUCAUUCUAAUUUGAAAUGUUGAUCAUUUCAUAAGCACUUUAUAAACUUUGUUCACAUUUAUGAAGGACUUUGCUUUGCUUUUGUUGUGGUCCAAAGGUGCUGAAACAGAUUGUUGCUUAGUACUUCCGCUUCUUUGGGGCUUCUGCGCGAGCCACCCUGAGAUGCACGGGAGCCUCUGAGAAGUGGGUGCACUCCCCUUUGUUUCCAGUGGCACGAGCUCUCACCAGAUUCUUCAUGGAAGUACAACAUAGAACUGCUGGAGGCCGGAAGAGCCACGGUGGAAUCGGUUCAUUUAUUAUUUACUGCCGUUUUGGUAAAAAUAACUGUCCAGUUUUGGUUCUUCAGAACCUCAUGCCAACUUGAGAGAAAAAACAAAAACAAAAAUAAGUCUCACAGCUGGCCUUGGAUUCUACUGUGUUUAGACUUGACUUGGUUUCCAGAGACUCUGGCUCCCCAGUCCAGAAGGCUCUGGUAUUCAUCAAAGGUGUACUUACUGUUAAUUUUGUAUGGUAAGUAUUUGCUAUUUUGAAUUUAAUUAUUAAUGUUGGUGUCUGUCUUGUUGUGUGUUGCUUAUACUGUAUUUAUAAACUGGUGCAAAAAGCACAAGUAAAGUAAAUUAUACAUCAAAUUUAUUAUAAAGAAAUAGUAACUAUUUUAACUUUGUUCAAGUAUGUGGUAAUUUGCUCCUAUUAGAGUGAAAAAAUACAGUAAAUUAUUAUCAGUUUGUGUAACUUAAGAGUAUUCCAUAUAAUAUUUUUUUAGAAUUAGAUGCAUAAAAUUUUGAAUGUGAAAAUUGCAGGGCAUUUUAAGACAUAUGUAGGGAUCUUCCCAUGUUCUUUGUUGGGUAAAUUUUCUUUUUGCCAUAUGAUUUCACAUGUCAUGUAGUCAAGCAUACUGUGAAUAGAUUGUCUAUGAAGAGCAAACCAUGUAGAACUACUUUUUAAAAAUGUAGUUAGUACAACUUUAGAUAAUUUCUUUUACAGAUCAUUAUAUAGAUAGUUUAUAUCUUCCUAGGUGAGUUACUCAUUGCAAAGUUUGACUCAUUCAAAUGACCUCAAAUACAUGUUUGCUUACUUUGCCAUGGCAACAUCCAUGUGAACUGCUUUGUACACUGUGAAAUAUACCCCUCCAGCCUGCUUGUUUUGUGUUUACUCUGGGCUGGAAAAGACUUUGCCAAACAUUAAAGACCAUUCUUUCCA